UGCUCUGUGCACUGUGGUCUAGACGUUCUGGACUUUGUAGUUCACAUUCAGGUCUAGGAUCAACUCUGAGUUAAUUUUGUGAAAUUUUCUGAGUCUUUGUCCAAAGUAUCUUAAGAAUGGUGUCCCAGAAACAGUUCUAGGAAAGACUGAUCAGUGGAUUCCCUUUGCUACUUUUUAUCAAAGGUCUGCCAGGGAAGUUCAGGAAGGAUUAACUGAGUUGAGAAGACCCUGUUGUAUAGAGGGUGACUCUUUGAGUGUGGCCUUGGUACAGAGAAGUCCAAAGAAGAAACAGUGUUGCUUUCCUGCCUGCCUUCUCUUGCUGGUGAGUGGGUCUGUCCCAUUGCCGCUGCCGCCACCACCACCACCAUCAUCAUCCUUCACCGACACUGGAACCUAGCUUCUUGGGAACUGAAGACCAGAAGCUGUCCAGGUGUGCGCUGGGCCUUUGGCACCAGAUUGAAGCCUCUGCAUCAUGGAGAUGGUCAUUGUUGGCCUGUCCAGGCCGGAUCAGGAUCUGGUGAGCUUUGAGGACGUGGCUGUGCACUUCACCCAGGAAGAGUGGGAUUUGCUGGAUGCUUCCCAGAAGAGUCUCUAUGGAGACGUGAUGCUGGAAACCUGCAGGAACUUCACUGCCAUAGGGUAUGAAUGGGAAGACCAGACAGUUGGAGAACAUUGUGAAGACCCUGAAAUAAAUCUAAGGCACAUCGACUCUCGCUCUGAAUGUACGCAGUAUGAACAUGAGGAAUUUGAACAGAAGCCACAGGACUCUAAUUUUCUUACAAGUGUUGAAGGAUGCACGGAAACUCAGACUUCGAGUGGACCUUCUGUGUGUGAGGUUUGUUUAAAGACCUUUGGACUCUAUCACCUAACUUAUAAUGGACAUCAUAACUAUGACUACAAGGAAGUUGGAGGAAGCCAGACUGACGAAAAUGAUUAUGACGGUAAUCAGUGUGAUAACACUUCCAGUUCCCUUCAAAAACAAGAAAAAAAUCCUACUGGGAAAAAACUCUAUGUGUGUCAAGAGUGUGGGAAAGCCUUUAGGUAUCCCAGUGCCCUCCAGUUACAUGAAAGAAUUCAUACUGGAGAAAAACCCUAUGAGUGCAAAGACUGUGGGAAAGCCUUUCGAGGUCUCAGCGCCCUUCAUUUGCAUGAGAGAAUUCAUACGGGAGAAAAGCCCUAUGAAUGUAAACAGUGUGGCAGAGCCUUCACAUAUCUCAGUGCCCUCCAAUUACAUGAAAGAAUUCAUACUGAGGAAAGACCCUGUGAGUGUAAACAAUGUGGGAAAACCUUUAGAUAUAGCAGGGCCCUCAAGUUACAUGAAAGAAUUCAUACUGGAGAAAAGCCCUAUGAAUGUAAACAGUGUGGUAAAUUCUUUAGAAGUCACAGGACCCUUAAGUUACAUAAAAGAAUUCACACUGGAGAAAAGCCCUAUGAGUGUAAAGAAUGUGGGAAAGCCUUCAGAUGGCUAACUUCUCUGAAGUUACAUGAAAAAAUUCACACCGGAGAAAAACCCUAUGAAUGCCAGGAGUGUGGAAAGGCCUUCAGGUGUCAGGCUUCUUAUCAUAGACAUAAAAUAACUCAUGGUGGAGAAACAUUGUAUGAGUGUAAAGAGUGUGGUAAAUCCUUCAUUUACCCCUCUUUACUUCAAGUGCAUGAAAGAACUCACACAGGCGAAAAGCCCUAUGAGUGUCAGCUGUGUAGGAAAGCCUUCAGAUGUCAGUCUUCACUCCGAUUGCAUGAAAGAACACACACCGGAGAGAAACCCUACGAGUGUAAACACUGUGGCAAAGCCUUUUCAAGUUACAAUUAUCUUCGAUUUCAUGAAAGAAGCCACACUGGAGAAAAACCCUAUGAAUGUAAAGAAUGUGGUAAAACCUUCACACAUCGCUCUUACCUUCGAUCACAUGAAAGACGACAUACUGGAGAGAAGCCAUAUCAGUGUGUUCAGUGUGGCAGAUCCUUCAGUCGGCAUAGUUCCUUUAAGAGACAUCAGUCUGUUCAUGGAGUGGAAAACCCAUAUGAAUGUCAACAAUAUCUAAUUCCUUUAUCCCCAUUUCCUUCAAAUGAAUGAAAGAACAGAUACUGGCAACAAACCCUUUGAAUGUAAACGAUGUUACAAAAUAUCCCCAUCCACAUAAAACACAGUCAGGAACUCAAGACAGGGAUGAGCUUUUUAUAUGUAAACUGUGUGGCAUAGCCUUUCAAGGGCCAUGGUGUCCUUCAGAUCCAUGAAGGAAUUCAUGCUGGACAAAGUUUAUAUUUAUUACUAAUGUGGUGUCACUGUCAUACUUCUUUCCAGAGAAGUAAAUUAAUUCAUGCUGGUCAGAUGCCCGAUGAAUGUACAGGAUAUGGUUAAUCUUUCUUUUAUCCCUGUUUGCCUUAAAGUCAUUAAAGAACUCAGUGGUGAAAAAACCACAGGAAUAUAAGCAAUGUGGAAAAGACUUCAGGUGUCACAGGUCCUUUCAGUAACAUGAAUGAAAUCUCAUGAUGGAGAGAAAAUUUGAAUGUGUUUUAAAACCUUUAGCUAUCAUUGCUCCCUUAGAUCCCGUAAAUGAACUCAUACUGGAAAUAGUUUUCCAAGUAACAAUAAAAGCUGUGAGGCCUCCAAGGUCACAGUUCUUUCAGAAACUUAAGGUGAUGGAUGGUGGGGAGUUCUGUCAGCGUAAGAAGUGUGGGAGCUUAGUGGGUGCUGGGAGAUGGAUGUUUCCAUUGCAGUGGCUGCCCAUGAUUUGCCUGGGUUCUUGUAAAUACCCUCAAUUAAACUCAGAGCUCCCUCAAGCCACACUUGGGUAGAAUCAUUCUUUGUCGCUGUCUUUGUUACCCUGUCUGGGACUAAUAAACCUUCUUUUAAAGUUGUGCUGAAUUUGCAUCAGUGUGAAACAUGGAGGAGGGGAGGCUGUGGCUUCAAAUGCUUUCUGUGUUGGGAUUGUGGUUUGCUUCAUUUGUCAACUUGAUACAGUCUGGAACCGUCUGGGGGAAGGAUCUCAAUGCUGAAUUAUCUAGGUUAGGUUAGCUUUGGGCCUAGCUGUAAGGGGUUUCCUUCCUUGGGUUAAUUGAGGUAGGAAGAAUGCUGAAUGCUGUUGGCACUAUUUUAUGAACAAAGGAUAGAAGGAGCUGAGUACAGGCAUUCCUUGCUGUCUGCCUUGGGACUAUGGAUACAGUGUGACCUGCUAUGUCAACUCCUGCCACCAUCACUGGCCCACAGUAAUGGAUUGUAACCUGGAACUGUGAACUGAAAUAAACCAUCUCCCCUACA